AUGGUUAAUAAAAAUGAUGGACAACGUUAUUAUUCGAAUGUUGAAUCAUUAAUUUUAAUUAAUCGUUUAUCAAAUGAUAUUGAUCGAUCGUCUAAAAUUAUUGAUGAUUUAUGUCAUACAAUCGAUUUAACAAAAAUAAAAUCAUUAAAAUUUGAUAACUUUGAUCAUAUACAAUCAUCAUCUAUUAUUAAUAUCAUGAAUUUUAUACCUAAUUUAUUAGAAUUGAAAAUAAAUUUCAAAAUCUAUUUACAACAUCAAAAUUUAAUAUCAAGAAUAUCCACAAUUCAAACAUUAAUACUUUAUUUUUAUUUGAAUUUAGUUACUGAAGAUAUAUUAACAAAUUGUUUUUCACUAUUAUCAAAAAACAUUAAAAAUUUAAAAUGUAUAACAAAUGAUCAAAAUGAAAUAUUGACUCUAUUAAAAAUUUUAUAUCAAUUCAAAUUUUUAAAUAUAGAAAAGUUAUUAUUAAAAAUCAAUAAUACAACAUCAACACAAACAUUUACAAAUAAAUUUAUUCAAUCUAUAGAUCGGUUUAUGAUGAAAAUGUUUUUAGAUGAUAAAUAUGAUUUUAUGUAUAAAAUGAACGAUAACAAACAAUUAGUCUUAUUGUUUUAA